AUGAUGCGAUUUGCAGCCGUUUUGUUUUGCCUGCUGGCUGCAGGUUGUGCGGCUCCGAAUUCUCCCAGGCUGUGGUCCAGGAGACAGGGCCGUAUAAUCGGGGGUAGCGAAACCGCCAUAAAGGAGUAUCCCUGGCAGCUGUCUCUCCUAUUUGGAGUGUCCCACAGGUGCGGAGCUUUCAUUAUUAGCUCCAUCUGGGCGCUGACGGCUGCCCACUGCAUCGACGGCGUCUCGGCAUCACUGCUGACCGUGCGUGCUGGCUCCUCGUACAGAAACAGUGGCGGGACUGUGCUCGAUGUUGCACAGGCUAUCAAGAACAGACUGUACUAUAGCCCAGCUGCCGACUAUGACAUUGCAGUGGUGCAGCCUAGUGAGUCAUUCCCACUGGGCUAUGAAGUGCAGCCCGUGGGCCUUCCAGAAGCUGGCUAUGACUCUCCGAGAGGCCUCGCCGUUACUGUGACGGGUUGGGGUCAGACAGCCUCCGGUGGCAUCUUCCCAACAGUGCUGAUCAAGGCGGACAUUAAUAUCGUCGACCGCUCUACUUGCCAGGAUAACUUCAUUGGUAUCAACACAGUAACGAAGCGUAUGGUGUGCGCUGGCGAUAAGGGCGAGUCUGUCUGCAACGGAGACUCCGGAGGUCCACUCGUCAGUGGUUCCACACAGGUGGGCAUCGUCUCCAGGGGAGGACCCACAUGCGAGGACCAUGGCGCCGUAUUCACCAACGUUGGAGAACUCCGCUCUUGGAUCACAGACACUACUGGAGUGUAA